UCCUCCGUCUCCGAUAUCGUUUCAGAUAAAAUGCUUCAGUUAUUUCUAUCUCAACCAUCUUGGAAGGAAAAUGCAACUGACGAAUCAGUUGAGCAGAGAAAAGCUCUUCUGAAUGAGCUAGAAUCAGUCAUCUGGUCACUGAUGUUGGUGGAAGGGCGAUCUGAGUGUCGGCUUUGGCUUUCUAAUGCAGUCGCAGAGAUGAGGUCUAUAACACCACGUAAUCAACGCGAGUUAUUCAUGACUUUAUUGAGGUCUAAGCCUCUAAAACAGCCCUUAGUUGGACAACUUCUACAAUUGCUUUUCCAGAAGGAACCUCAGAAAGCAGGGCUUAUCAUUGCAAAGAAAUGUUUUUUAUUAGAAAAUUUCUUCAAAGGAAACAGAAAUCGUAUUUUGCAGUGGUUCUCUAAUUUUGCUAGUAGUGGUUAUGUGGACCAUACAAAGGGGGCUAAGGCACUGUCCCAGUUUGCUUUUGUGAAUAGAGACAUAUGUUGGGAGGAACUCGAGUGGAAGGGGAAACAUGGGCAAUCACCUGCAAUGGUUGCCACUAAGCCUCACUAUUUUCUUGAUCUGGAUGUCGAACGAACAGUGGAGAAUUUUCUUGAGUAUGUUCCUGAAUUUUGGUCAUCUAAGGAAUUUGCCGAGUCACUAAGAGAUGGUGAUAUUCUGACCAUUGAUAAUAAUUUUUUUAUCAAUAUGUUUGUUGACUUGAUGUACAAGGAUAAUUUGAAAGAAGUAUGGGAAAUUAUAGAUGAGUUUCUGAUUGAGCAAUCUUUCUCUUUCUUAUGUCAACACCUUCUCAUCAUUCUUGAGGAACAAGAUCUAAUGGUUUUCUUGGAUUUACUCCAAAGUUAUGUUAAACCAAGCUUGCAAAAGAAGAAUUGCCAUGAUUCUCUUGAUCAAGUGCUGAAGAUCAUCCUCUCCAAGUGUGAUGGCAAUAAUUCUCUUGAUCAGUUGCUUCUCUUGAAUGCAGUUGCUACUCAAAGUCGGCAGCUUAUACGAUUUAUACGUGAAGAAGGUAGUCAGGAGCAAAAGGAGAAGGUUAAGCAUGUUGUUUUCCAAAUUUGUAAACCAACAAACCCUAAAGAUACAUUUACACCAAUUCUGAGGGAAUGCUUCAGAAGAAAAUCUUUAGAGACUAUCAAAUGGUUGGGACUGCAGUCUUGGGCUUUCUGCUGUUACUUAUCUGAGGAUUUCAGAAAUUCCAGUUCCUGGGAAAACUUAUUUGUUUGCAACAAUAUAAGCUUCCGCAAAUCCAAGAGUUAUCCAAUAUUAGAUCAUGAUCAGCUUCUGGAAGAAAGUGAGUCUGAGCAGGACAAUAGAUCAGCCAGAAAUAAGCGCAAGAAAAGGCAAAAACACAGAAAGAAAAAGAGAAGGGAUAUUGACUUUGAGGAAUUAAAUGGGGAUGAAUUUGCCGAUGUAAUUACAAAUCGACUGGAGUUGCAUUCGACAUCUGGUGACUGGUUGCUUUCUACUGAUGGGUAUUCUACUACUUGGAGCAGCGUGGACCUACCUGAGCAUAUAUCAAAACAUUGCUUCUUCACGUGGAUGAAGUGGGUUUUUACUGAAUGAAUAGAUGAUUAUUCACUCUUCGCAUGGAGUUGUUAUGAUACGACAAAAAGAUUAUGGUCAUGUGCUUUCUGCAUGCACCUUCUGAUGGAAGAAUUUGAAGGUGGAUUGGACAAGUAGCACGAGUGCCGGUUCUUGAUUUAUCACUCUGGUUCUAUGUAGAGGAAGAAUCUGUUAAAAUGGUUUUGUUCUACGUGAUUGCAACUUUCUAUUUCCUUACCUUGGAGUCCUGCCUUGUAAGUCAAGUAUCUGCCCAAGUAGUGAUUGUAAAGGUAACGGUGAGUAUGUGGACAUUGCAGGUUUAAGGUCAGGUUCUUCCUUGGCUGCUUAUGUGCUUCAGGCUCAGCCUAAUAUCCCUUUCUUCCUACCAAGUCUCUAAUGGGCAGAGUUCCUUUAUUACAAUUUGCCGGUGCCCAGGAAAUCCGGAAGUUUCUUUUCCAUCUAGUUUAGGUAACAAUUAAAAGUUUACAACUACUUCUGCAGGGCCUUAUAAACUUGAAAACAAGAAAAUAAUUAAAUUGGCCAGCUUUGACUCCUUUAGAUUGUAUUCUGACUGCACUCAAUUCACCUCUAGAUUCUUCGCUUUCUGUUGAUCUUGAUUAAUUAGUUCAAAUUUAGUUUUUUUUU